AUGGUUCCCUCAGUGCCCCCAGUGACCCCCAUUCCCCCUGAAGAAUAUCCGGCCGAGUCCGGAGUGAGCCUGUCUCUAGGCGCUACAGCUGGCAUUGCUGCUGCUGGCGGUAUGCUGGCCCUCCUCCUGCUGCUGGGGAUGGUAAAGGCCAUGGCCAGCAAGUUCCAUCCCAACCUGGUGCGCCUGUUGGGCUACUGUGUGCAAUACGACCGCGGCACAAGCCACGUGGAGCAAAUCCUCGUGUAUGAGUACAUGGAGAACCGGGACCUGGAGAGCUGGAUCGGACCAGGGCCAGUGUUCAAGGACCCCUACCUGGACGCACCAGAUGACUUGGUGCUGCGCUGGGCUCGCCUUGCCCUCUCCUGCACCGCCAUGCCUGCAGCCUCCCGCCCCACCAUGAAUCAAGUGCUGGGGGAGCUGGUGAGGUUCAAGCAGGAGGCGUUUGGAGUGCAUGUGAGCAAGGCGAUAUCUCGCAUGGACAUGGAGAGUGGGGGUUCUGUUGGCAGCUCCUCUGGCUUCACUGCUGAACUGGCCCGUGCGGAGCACAUGGGAAUGCAGAGCGGCUCGUUGACCAGCGGUUCCUUGUCCUAG